UCAAAAGUUCAGUCGGAGACCCAAGGAAAAUUAAAAAGUUCUGUCACUUGAAAUUUUUGAGGCGCAUCUUCAGAGAAACGUCUGAAUGUCUCGUUACGAUGGCGCGAUAACCGUCUUUAGUCCGGAUGGCCACUUGUUUCAGGUCGAAUAUGCAUUGGAAGCAGUGAGAAAGGGUGCCCUUGCGGUUGGCGUCCGUGGCAAGGAUACUGUUGUCCUUGGCGUUGAGAAAAAGUCGUUGGCUAAACUUCAGGACCCACGCUCAAUGAAAAAGAUUCAGUUGUUGGACGAACACGUUUGCGUGGCCUUUGCUGGAUUAACUGCCGAUGCGCGCAUCCUCAUAAAUAGAGCGCGUCUAGAGGCUCAAAAUCACAGGCUGACGCUCGAAGAUGCUGUCUCGGUGGAAUAUAUCACUCGCUACAUAGGUGGUGUGCAACAAAAGUAUACACAAAGCGGCGGUGUUCGCCCGUUUGGACUUUCAACCCUGAUAACUGGUGUAUCCCCGGAAGGUAAACCGCAGCUCUUUUACACGGAUCCUUCUGGAACAUUUUCAGAAUGGAAGGCAAAUGCCACUGGUCGUAAUUCCAAGGCCUUACGUGAAUGGUUAGAAAAGAAUUACAGCGAGACUUCUGACGUGGAGACAGUUAAACUAACACUGCGGGCCCUCCUUGAGCUUGUUGAGCCAAGCAGUAAGAAUAUCGAAAUAGUAGUUGUUUCAAAGAGUGGGAUUAAAACCAUCUCAAACGAUGUCAUUGACACAUUUGUGCGCACGAUUGAGGAGGAGAAGGCGGCCGCAGACAAGGCAAAGAAGGAAAACGCGCAGACAGUUGCACAAGAAGUUUAGGCUGUUUUGGUCCUUGGAAAGUUCCACUCGGUUGAUUUGUCCGAUAAAUAAUAUAACAAUUUUC